GAGCUCGUUCUCUUCCCCCUCCCACCAGCCGCGUCCCAAAGCGUUCGGGCCCUCCCCAGGGGCCGGGGCCGCGUCCCUGCGCCUUCAGGUGCAGGGCGGGGCCGAUGGGGUAACUGGGUUUGAGACAGUGUAUGGGGGGCGGGGAGCUGGGGACAGCAGAGCGGGCGCUGUCCAGCCCCACAGAAGGCUCUUCAAGAGAUACGGUGACCGAGGACGAGGCGGGAAAUGCUGCUUAGAGACGGAAUAAAGUAAGAGAAAGAAACAAAGCAGGCCCCGGGCCCCGCUCCUGCAAAGCUCUGCCAGGGACUGCAGCGCCCGGGCAACCUGCAAAGGAGACUAUUGUUUUGUUUCAAACUGGGCGUCUGGCUUGAUUUGUAUAAACCAAGGCCUGAUAAGGGUCCUGUUGGGGAGGCAGGAGGUUGGAUUUUUUUUUUUUUACCCGUGUCCCAGUCUUCAUCCAAAAUUGCACCUGUCUAAUUUAGCCAUUUUUAAAAAACAGUUUUACAUGAGCCUGGGCAAGCCCCUGUAGGGAAGAGGUUCUCGACCUGAGAAAGUUAUAUUGGUUUAACUUAAAUCAGUUUUUAAACCACUGUCAUUAAUCUGGUGUAAACCAAACUAAGAGUGUCCAUGGAAGGGUUUAAGAGGCGCUUAUUGUGAUUUAGUUUACAUUAUUUUAAUUAAAAUAAAACAAAAUAAGGCCUUGUCUACACUGGUAAGGUUCUGCGGUGUAACUCCCGAGGUGUACACACAGCCAAGCCACUUAGUGCAUAGAAACUGUGCAGUUGCAGUGCUGUGAAAAAACCACCCCGACAAGAGGCAUACAGCUUACUGUGUCGGGGCUACAGCCCCACGGUGUCAGUGUAGACACCCUGGUUGACAGUGUUGCAAUUGGCGUCCAAGAGGUGUCCCACAAUGCCUGUUUUCGCUUGUCGUCAUUGGUUUGAACUCUACUGCCCUGCCCUCAGGUGACCAACCCUUAAAUUCCUUGGGAAUUUUGAAAGUCCCCUUCCUGUUUGCUCGGUGAUGCAUGCAGUGCUCUCAGCACAUCUUUCCAGGUGACCACGCCUGCUCCACACACCAGGCGAUACCCGCUUGGAGCAAUGCUGAGCUCCUCAGCAUUUGAGGAGAGGAGGCUGUCCAGUCCCAGCUGUGGUCCAGCCAUAGGAAUUAUGAUACCUACGGACAGAUUUCACGAUGUAUGGCAGAAAGGGGCCACGACCAGGAGACACUGCAGUGCAGGAUCAAACUGAAGGAGUUGCGGAACGCUUACCACAAGGUGCAGGAGGCAAACCACUGCUCUAGUGCUGCACCCACAAGCUGCCGGUUCUACAAAGAGCUGGAUAAGAUACUUGGUGGCAACCCCACCACCACUGCAAAGACUACUAUGGAUACUUUGUUGGCUCAUGAGCCAGUUGAGAGUGGACAGAGCCAGGAGGAGGAAAUCUUGGACAAGGAUGGGGAGGGGGACCCAGCAGCAGAGGACGACUCGGAGGUCAGAGGUGCAUGCAGCCAGGAGCUCUUCUGUACUCCAGAGGAGGUUAGCCAGUCACAGCUGUCGGAGCUUGGUGAAGUGCAAACAGGAGAGGAAGCCCCUGAUAUGACCUUGGGAGCCCAGCCUUCCCCUUUGUUAUCACCAGCUGAACGGCUGCGCAGAAUUAGAAAGUGGCCACGAAGAACUAAAGAGGACUUUCUGCAUGAUGUCAUGAUGCACUCUGUGGCCAAAAAGCAAGAAAUUGAAGGAGUGGCAGGACAGCGAGAGGACAACGUGGCACACCAGAAUGAAGUCACAGAGCGGCUUUUAAAGGUUAUGGAGCGCCAAGCGGACAUGCUCCAGGUGCUACAAGCACUGCAAACUGAGAAGCUCCGCGCCCGCCCUCUCCUGCAGCUGCUGUUGCAAAACGCUUUCCCAAGUGCCCCCCUCCCUCCGAACAUCGCCAACACACUCUUAUCAACCUCCUGGAUCCAGUCUGUACCCACUGCAUUCCACUCCUGCCCCGUCACAGUCCAGCCCUGUGGACUCCCAGUACCCAUUGCACUCAACACCCGUUCUUCUGCAGUUUAGCCCUGCCGAAGAACAUUGUCCGCUGCACUGUACUCCAAAGGACAAGGUUGCAUAUGAUACCUGGACGUACACAAAUGUUUAACCGUCCUGGGACCCCACUUCCUCCUGGGACCUUCCCUUCCCCCAGCCCCCAUAGUGUUGAUGUGUUUUUUUGUUUGUCUCGCUCUUCUGAUUGUUGUUUUUCAAUAAAAGAAUUGUGUUGGUUUGAAA